AUGCUGAACCAAGGGCACCUGAGAGAGCUGAUGAGCGACCGUGGACGAGCCAACUUCAGCCGUGGACGUGAACAACACCAGGGGCCUCCAAAGCUACCCUCCCCUGCCCGCACCAUCCAAAUGAUCAUCAGCGGAGGCGAUGAAGCCUCGAUCAACUGCGUGAAGUUCACCACCACACACAAACUUAAGCGGUCGAUCACCCAUGAACGGUAUGACGACUUUGGAGACAGUAUCACCUUCGAUAAGUCAGAUACCGACGGUUUGAGUUUCCCUCAUUUCAAUGCAAUUGUUAUUACUGUACGUAUUUCUGAUACUGAUGUGAAAAGAAUAAUGGUAGAAGACGGAAGCGGCGCGUGUAUUAUCCACCCUCGAGUUCUCACACAAAUGAGUCUCGAAGACAAGAUAGUACCACAUUGCAUAACACCAACAGGUUUUAACAAUGCAUUUGAGCGAACCUCAGGGGAGAUAAUGCUACCCGUUCUGGCCGGGGGCGUCACCCUAGAAACAACGUUCCAUGUCAUGAACCAGGACACAACUUAUAACGCCAUCAUAGGACGACCAUGGAUACACGCCAUGAGGGCCAUCCCGUCAAGCCUGUAUCAAGUGAUCAAGUUCCCUACUCCAUGGGGGAUAUUCAGCAUCCUAGGCGAACAACGCACUGCCCAAGAAUGCUAUCGUAUCGGUUAG